ACUUUAUUUAUAAUAAAACCAUAUAACUAAGUCUCUUUCUCUUUGAAAACAUUUCAAUAUCUUCAUUGAAAGUUAUUAUCUGAGGAUUCAUAAUUGCAGAGUUGUUAAAAUCGCGUUUCAGAAAGGAUGUCUUCAACUAAUGGUAGUGUAGGGCACAUAGUUUCUUCAUCAUCAGGGAUGAGUUCACAUCUUCAUUUCUCUUCCAAUACUCUUGAGGAAACUUGUUCAAAAAAGACCCCUUUUAUAACUCAGGAGCCUGGAGUUCUUCGUUCUAUUGCUUUCCGUGAGUAUAUGAAAGAAAACAGCAGUAGUUCCUGGACUGCAGAUUCACUGUCUGAUUUUCUUGAUUUCCCUGAAAAUAGUCGUAUCGAGUCUAAUGAUCUACAGCACACUGAUAGUGUUGAUUGUAUCUUGCCACCACCCGAGGAUAUUGGCAAGCCUAAUGAUUGGCAGGAUUGGGCUGAUCAGCUUAUUACUGAAGAUGAUGGUGUAACGCCAAAUUGGAAUGAGAUUCUAGUUGACACUCCUGUUGCCGACCAAAGUCUAAAGAUGGAGUUUUAUGCUGCAAAAUCAUCCAAAAGUUCACUUUCAGUGCAAGUAAAAGCUGUUGUUCCUGCAUCACCCGGGGACUCUUGCACACCAAUGACACCGUCCUCAUGUGGGAGUGGGUCCCAAAGCAAACCUCGAAUGCGUUGGACACCAGAACUUCAUGAAGCCUUCGUGGAGUCAGUCAACAAGCUUGGUGGAAGUGAAAGAGCUACCCCUAAGGGAGUAUUAAAGCUUAUGAAAGUUGAAGGCUUGACAAUUUAUCAUGUAAAAAGUCAUCUACAGAAAUAUCGGACAGCAAGAUACAAACCUGAACCUUCAUCAGAAGGACCUUCAGAGAAAAAGUCGACUCCAGUUCAAGAAUUAUCGACAUUGGAUUUGAAAACGAGUUCAGAGAUCACUGAAGCAUUACGAUUACAGGUGGAAGUUCAAAAGAGAUUACAUGAACAACUUGAGAUCCAAAAAAACUUACAGCUGAGAAUAGAAGAACAAGGAAAAUACCUCCAGAUGAUAUUCGAGAAGCAAUGCAAAUUCGGCGUGGACCAAAUCCGAACAUCCUCAUCCACUCUUGAGAAGUCAGAAGCUGAGAUGGCCCAUGAAAUUUCAAGCCCUCCACCCAAAACUGAAACACAACCCGACCCACUUAAAUUUGGACCACCGUCUGAAGAAGCUUCAAGUCAGGUAGAAGUUGACCCUUCAGAAUCACAGCCUUUAAAGCGUGCUAAGUUAAACGAGUCAUCAAGAGAAUCAUCAUGAGAAUUGUCACAAAAUGUAAAUACAGGCAUCGUACCUUGCUUUCCAGUUAAACAACUCAUUAGUUAUGAACGCUAAGUUGGCGAUUUCCUGAUGCAGUUUUGGUGUAUCCUAGAAAUGAAGGGUUAGCUAGGUAGGAGUAUUAAGUUUCAUGUUGUAGAAACGCUACAUUUUCCACCUUUGCCGCGACCUUGAUUUGUUUUAGUGUAAAUAUGUAUUGGAUUUGCAUUA